UAGAGAGAGAGAGGAAGGGAGAGAGGAGAUAAGAGCUAUGUUCAUCUCGUGCGUCCCAAAAUUCUUUUUUUUUUUUUUUUCGUUCAGGCCACAUUCUAAAGAAGAUCAACAGUAUAAGGGCGUGUUUGGGUUGUUUAAAAGGGAUGUGGAUUUAAUUGUUAAAAUAACGGGCAUUAGCGUCUUUUCAAGGUCACGAGGGCAUUAUUGUCAUUACAAUUAUAGUGUAUAUCAUGUGACCAUCACGUGUUCACUUUAACAGUAAGAUCCGACUGGAACAGUGACGGAUGAGACUAUCUGCAACAAAAAUGCAUAGGCCUUGGGUUAGUUGCAUGCAUAGGCCUUGGGUUAGUUGCAAUUUUAGUAAUUCAGGGGUUAAUUGUUGAUUCUCUAAUAGUUUAGGAUUUUUUUUUUUUUUUUUGGACACUUUUCCCUAAAAUAAAUACUAACAUUAGGUAAAAAAAAAAAAAAUCCCUUCCUUUUCACUUGUUCCAAACACACACCAAUUAGCUUACUUGGCCAAAAAGAAAAAACCCAAACAUUUCCUAUAUAUAAACCCAUCCCUUCACCGUCUCUAUAUCCUGACACCCAAAAUCCCUAGAAAUCAAGCUCCAACAAUGGCAUCUUCCAGAUCCCUCAUCUCAACCCUCUCUCUCAUGAGGAGGCUCUCUCCACUGAAUCUGAAUACAUCUCCAGUUUUGAUUCGUUCCUUCAGCAAAUCUACCCAUCCAGAAACCAGUUCUGAGUCCCACUCCAAGUCCGAUUCAGAUACUCCAACAGACGGUUCAGAGCCUUCUCGCAAGAUGUGUCCCCUGGUGAAUCGGUUCCUGAAAGAAGGGCCACCCCAGCCCUACAGCGAGCUGAGAGACGACGACGCCCUGUAUGCGAGGCUGGACAUGCCGGGGAUCGGAAAAGGAGGGCUGAAGAUGUGGGUUGAAGACAACUCUCUGCAGAUCAAAGGAGAGGAGGAGGUGGACGAGAUGGACGGUGAUGAUCCUCUGGUGGCUCCGAGGAGGUAUUCCGGCGACAUCGACCUCCCUCGGAACGCCUACAAGGUGGAUGAAAUUGACGCGGCGCUCAACAAUGGUGUCCUCAUGAUCAAGAUCCCAAAGAUCAAGCUGGAGGACAGGAAAGAUGUCUUCACCGUCAAUGUCAAAUGAGAUUGUUUCCACUGUCCCUGUUUGGGGAAACAGGGUUUCUUAAUGUCUUGUUAGGGUUUAUGAAGUUUUAAAGAGAAUUAUAUCUCUUGAUUUUUGCUGGAUAACAUUGAUGGAACGUUUAUAAUGAAAGCUUAUGAUUUUGUAUCAGAAAUUGGCUUCUGUUUUAUUGUUA